UGUCCAUUAUGAUAUAAAGGAAAGGAAAGCUUACAAGAAAAAAUUUAAUGUUAAUAAAUUCAUUUCCCAGGCAGCAAAUACUCCCACGCAGCACCAACUCCUAGGCCUUCCAUCUUUAAGCCUUCACUGCUUAACCUUAAGCAUAUUUCCCUAUCUCUUUCAUAUUUCUCCUCACUUAAAUCCCAGAAAAAAAAAAUCUAUACUUCCUCUGCUUUCUUCUUUUUACUUUUGUUCUAAUGGCAACAACCGAAGGAAAACCAGAAACCAAACAAGAAUCUAAGCCAGCUGAACCCAAACAAGAAUCUAAUUCCAAAGAUGUGGAAGAAAUCCAAGAACCUGCUCUCAAGUACAAGGCUUGGGUGCUGAAAGUUUCCAUCCAUUGUGAAGGUUGCAAAAGGAAAGUUGAAAAGAUUCUAAGAAAAAUCGAUGAUCAUUCAGCUAAUCAGAAUCUUGAUACUUGUGUUUACGAGGUUGAUGCUGAUUUGAAACAACAAAAAGUGACGGUAAAAGCCAAUUUACACGUAAAUGUCGAUACUUUGAUCAAGAAGAUAGUAAAGAAAGGGAGACAUGCAGAGUUAUGGCCUGAAAAAUCUGAGAAAAAAGGAAAAUCAAAGAACAAAGACAAACAAGGUGGCCAACCAAACAGUGAAGAAGGUAACCAUGGAGAUGAUAAAGAUAAAGAAGCAGCGAAAACUGAAGACGGUGCUUCUAAAAGCGGUGAAAAUGGUGGUGACGGCUGCAAUGGUGGACAAGCCCCGGAACCGGAAAAGAAAGGGGGCGGUGGUGAAAGUGAAGGCAAUGCUGCUACUGCUGGUGGUGGUGGUGGUGGUGGUGGUGGUGGUGGUAAAAAGAAUAAAAAGAAGGGGCAGAAAGGGAAUGUUACUGUUAAUUUUGAUGAGGGUGAACACCACCACCACCACCACCCUACUGAUGUUGGACCUCCACCUACAGGAUCACAUUUCACUGGUUAUGGACCUUAUGGUCCUAUUCCCAUCACCACCCCCAUGCCAUCUCCAGCCAAUCAUAGCCCUCCACGGCAUCACCACAUGGAUGAAUACCCAACGUAUUACCAUGCACCACCACCGGUGUAUGUUACUAGAUACAACACAGCUUAUCCUGGUAGUUGCCAUAGCGAAUUGUAUUACACCUCACCACGACCGUAUUCAUGUAUGUAUAUGCACCCGGGAUACAUGCCUGAACACCCCUCUUUCGACAUGUAUUCAUCGUAUUCGUCACAACCAUCCGAUUCUUUCGAGGUUUUCAGCGAUGAAAACCCGAAUGCAUGUUCGGUUAUGUGACGAAUGCUUUGGCAUCAUACGGAACGAAGCUUAUACUACUUGUAUAAGUGUAUUAUGGUGAUAAAUUUUGCAAAGUAAGUAUGUAUAGGAAGAAACCUUGUAGUUUUCAAGUAUGGGGGAAAAUAGGCUAAAAUGUAUGUGCUUAGUUUUUUAAGUUACAUUUGGCCUUGUAAUGCUUAGUUGCUUUGUAGACCACUUGCCCCAAUCUCACCUCACUAAUUCCUUUCUUAAAAGUAGGUUUUGAUUUGGCAUUUUGCCUUUUGAUUAAAUGAAUGCUGAGAUAGUUAGUUGGAACAAAAAAAUUACAAUUCAUAUUAUGGUCAGGAUGUUCACCGUUUUAAGUGUGACUUGAAUUUGAAUUGUACUAAUCAUGUUGUUGUUAGGUUUUUAUCUAAUUUACACACAAAAAAAUUACACUUUGGAUCAAGAAAAAUAGAGGCUCAAAUUUACUUCAGAA